GUGUUCAACUGAAAAAUUCAAUUCAUUAUUCCUUUGCCUCAGAGAGUUUAAUUGUUUACAUAACAAUGAUUUGUUGUCAGACUCUCAUACAUAGUUCUACUGAUUUAAUCAGAUACAUAAAAUGUGAAAUAUCAGCUUAUAUCUGGUAAUUAUAUUUCACUCUGAUUUAAAUAUAUAUACCAUGAGAAACAGAUACACAAGGUGUUCCUUAUAAACACAUCAGUUCCAUCUGAACUGAGUAUCAGUUACCCUAUUCCAAUAGCACCGAUCGGUAUUUACGUCACUUUUUGCACACGACACGUAAAUUUCAUCCUCUCAGCAUGCAGCAUCACAAAAUGCGGACAAACAUUGUCCGAUAAGAAAAUGGCGAGUAAUGUAGAGUUAACGGAAGACGAUAUUCCAGGAGCGAAAUUUGUACAUUUAAACGUAGAAGAACACACCAAUUUACAGCUCAAGAGGUGGCUAAAGUGUCGUGGCCUUGUGUCAGGUGGAAAAAGAAAUGAUUUAAUUGAAAGAUGCAAAGAUGCUAUUCGAAAGAAUGUGAAAAUCGAUCUCGGGAUCGAUGAUGGAAAAUGGCAUGAUAUUAAGAAAGCGCCUGUCCAUCCUGACAACCAAGUUCCUCUAUUACCAAUUUCUGGUUGGAAAAAGUUUCCUGCAAAUCAUGUCCCAAAGCAUUUUAAUUAUGGACACAUUUACCAUUACCUUGUUGAGUCAUUGUCAGCUUACGGAAUGACAGAUGAAAACAGUACUGACACAGAUGAAGAAAAACAUGAGGAAGGCGACGUGCAUACCAGUAAGUCCUUUACAAAAGGAAAAUUUAUUCAGAAGUGGGCAUGUUAAAAAUAUGCAAGACAUCAGCAGUAAGGGAUUUUAUUUUGUAAAAUCUACAGUCCAAGCCUCCUACUCUCAAAGAGGAUAAUAGAUUCAUGUACCAUAACCAUAUCAGAAAAUUCUGGUACCAUAAAAGAGGGGACAUGCACAUGCAGCGCUGCGGGGCUUGGCAGAUGUGCGUAUGUUGCUGCUGUUCUAUUUGCCAUUGACGAUUUCAUUCAAGAAUUUGGAAAUGAUGUCCCCACAUGUACUGAAAAGCUGUGUGGUUGGAAUAAAGGCAGACGUCAAAAUAAAAAUCCGACUGCUGUCUAUGCAAAAACAUAUCCGUCUAUGAAAAAGGAGCUGAAGAAAGUACGUGUAUCUGGAGAGAACCUAUUGAGAAGUGAUCCUAGGCCACUGACUUUGAGAUCGGACACAGCUUCAAAGGAAGACAUUAAUAAUUUUCUUUCCGACCUCAAUUCGAUAGGAAAGGAAUGUGAAUGGACAAAUCUCUUGGAUUACGAGUAUGACAACUUUUCUGUAGACGACUAUGGUACAGAAAUUUUGAAGUCACAAUGCGAACAAUUCCUACAAAAUUUAAAACUCCAAUGCGCAGGGAAGGAAACACCAUUCGUGUUAAAAAACACAAGUGGACAGUCCGACUCAACAGAGUGGAUGCUACAAAGACGAUGUAGAAUAACGGUAUCGAUUGCCAAAGACGUAACAUGUCUAAGAAGUGGCUACACGGGUAUGGUCAGUAGACUGUUGUGGACAGACUCCCCCGAGACACCCGCUUUAAUAUAUGGUAAAGAAAAUGAGGGCAAUGCAUUGGCAAAAUACAAGGACUGUAAUCAACUAUACAAUGUUGAAACAACCGGGUUGUGGGUCAACCCACACUAUCCAUGCCUAGGAUGUAGUCCAGACGGAAUAUUUGAGGAUAGAGCCUCCAAAGCAACUGGUCUUGUGGAGAUAAAAUGCCCCUAUUCCCUGAAAUAUACCUCGCCAAAUGAGGCACUGAAAAACUUGAGCAAAAAACAACAAAAUAACUUUUUCUGCUCGUUGAAGGAAGAUGGUACGCUCAAAUUAAAGAGAAAUCAUAAAUACUAUUUUCAAGUGCAAAUGCAGCUAGCAAUUUCUGCAAAACAAGUAUGUGAUUUCGUUGUGUGGUCUCCUCAUGGUAUUUCAGUAGAAAGAAUUCCUUUCGACCCAACAUUUUGGAGUCACGUGUAUCCUAAACUAGAGUGCUUUCAUAAAGAGUAUGUUAUUCCUGAAUAUUUCAUGAUGAGGAUCCCUCGAGAACUUGAGGCAGUCAAAUUUAAAUAUCAAAAUGAAUAAAAACUUGAUACUCAAA